ACACCCAGGUUGCACAAUGCCCUAGCUGGAGGUGCCACCCGCAGCCCUGGCAGCAAUAAAAAGCCAAGGGAGCAGGCACGUCAGCAGAGCCCUACAAGGAGCACAUCCCCGAGUACGACAGCUGUCUGUCUGCUGCAGAGAUGGUGCAAGUGACUCCCUUCCUUCUGGUGCUCAGCCUGGCCCUGGUGGCUCCCGGCUUCUCUGCAAAAAAGUGUGUGCUGACCGGGCGCUGGAUGAAUGACCUUGGCUCCAACAUGACCAUCGGGACUGUGAAUGGACAAGGUGACUUUGAUGGCUCCUACCACACAGCUGUGACAGCCACCACAAACAAGAUCAGGGUGUCACCACUGCAAGGGUCCCAGCACCGCACAAACCAGAAUAGCCAGCCCACCUUUGGCUUCACAGUCAACUGGAGCUUUUCAGAUUCUGUCACCGUCUUCACGGGCCAGUGCUUUGUGGAUGAGACAGGGAAGGAGGUUUUGAAGACCAUGUGGCUCCUGAGAUCACGUGUGGACAACAUCAAGGAUGACUGGAAAGCUACCAUGGUUGGCAUCAACAUCUUCACCCGUCUGCACUCACAGAGGGAGUGAGGGUGGCAGUGCAGGGGUUUCCAGGCUGGUGGCAAUGCUGGGAUUGUGGACCCCCUCUGCUGCUUCCCCACCUGCUUCUAAUAAUAAAACUUUUCUGCAAAUAUC